AUGGGUACGUCGAGUACAGUGGACGUGUCGUCCCCGUCGUCGGUGCUGGGCGGUCGCGAGGCGGUGGUGGAGGCGCGCUGCGUGGUGCGGCUGGAGGUGGGCGGGCGCGGCGUGGCCGUGCGCUGCGGCCCGGCGCGCCGCCUGCGCCACGUGCUGCGCCCCGUCCUCGCCAAGUACGCCGCUCCACACGCCGCGCGCGCCGUGCUCAGGGCCGGCCGUCUGCUGCAUCCUGACACACUCAUGCAGGAACUAGACGGCGCUCGUCUCCAAAUAGUGGAAGUAUCAGAAAAUGGCGAAUACCGCGCUGCUACAGCGGAGUACGAGGUGGACGAUGACGCAGACUCACUCAGCGACCUCGCCGUCAGGUUGCAGGACGACGCCAUGAAGCAGCCCGAUGAAGUGAGCGUGGGCACGGCGAGUGGCAGUAGUCGCGGCAGUAGCGGCGCCGGCCGCGUCCGCGCCGCCCUACGACCCGGGCCUCCGCUACACCAUCACCCACCCGAUUUCCUAGAGAAUCUCAGAGAGACGCAACGGCAGAGGCUACAGAGCAAGGGCUCGGUGUCUCCGCCGUCGUCCCCCGGUCCGCAGCCCCGCAGCCCAAAGCCGGCGCAGCGCGCGCCCCCUACCGUCGUCUGA